AUGGAGCAGCCGUUCUACGGCCGGCCUCCAACCCAGAUGAAGGUUCAGCUCGUGGAACAGGAGGGCUCGAAGAGGAUGGGUUCUUCCGGUUGCUCGGAGAUAGUCGAACUGGUGGACGAGCCGAAAGAUGCUCGUCAGGGUGGGCUUACCCACCUGAGGGUGAGGGUGAAGCCAGUGGGGCAGGAGCAUGGGGCGCGGUCGUGCUCGGUGGAGGAUGAUCUUGACCAGCUCAUCAGAUCGAUCAACGUGCGCACGUCGGCGAGGGCUUCUGGGCAGACGAGCACAGAUAGGCGGCUUAUUGCGCUCGGGAAGUCACCGGUAUCGAGCUCGGAGAUUGUGGAGUCCGUGAGCCUGAAGCAGGCCCUGAGGAAGAUGUGCAUCUCCCAGGCGUCGGAGAUGGCAGCCAUGAAGAGGCUGUCGAAACCGACAGGGGUGUCCACCCCUUCUGAUUCUGGGGCAAUCAAGAAGCUGUAUGGCUCUGCUGCAGUUCAAACCAACGAGGAGCAAGAUGACAAGGCUAAGGCGGGGAAAGCUUCUAUGCUGCCUGAGAAAUCAGCAGGAAGUUCAGUGGGUAAGCCAAGUGAAAUCAGUAAGGGGCAGAGCAAGAGCUUGGCCAAGAAGAAUUUGAGAUCAGCAUCUCCUACCACAGGCAAGGUUCAUAAAACCAGAAUCCAAGAUGUGAUCAGUAACAAGUCAUCAGAGGGGGUUGAAGACAUUUCUGUAGGAGCAACACUGCCAAAACAGAGAAAGGGAAAAUCUGUGAAAACAUCUAGCCCCCGGGCUGUUCCAGUAGGUGGCUUGCGGCUGGUGAGUCCAAUGUUUCGGAAUAAAACUUCGACGAAAAAGAAGGUCAAACCUGAACCUGCUAUAGUGCCCGCAUCACACAAGCAUUGUGAGACGAAAGGUCCUAAGUCUCACACUAGUAAACAGGAGUCCCUUCAGGAUGAACCCAGAACCCCAGCACCAACUAACAAGAAGGCUGCUGUCAGCUCCACCACCGUUGAUGGAGCUGAUUUUGGCACAAAAGGAUGUGGUCUUGGUGUGAUCCAUGGCUCGAAGGUUGGGGAGUUGUCAAGAUCAAAGGAGAAGGGCGAAUGCUCCCAAAGCUCUAAGAGUAGCAUCGGUGAUUAUAGCACCAGUACAAGCAUCAGUGAGGACAGUUAUGGCAGCUUCAGUGCUAACGGAAGCAGGCCACACAUGUCAAAGGAUGUGAGAUGGGGAGCCAUCAGGCGCAUGGCUAUCCAACAAGGGAGCUUGGGAUUGAAGAACUUCAAGCUUCUCAAACAACUUGGUUGUGGGGAUAUUGGCACUGUUUAUUUGGCUGAGUUAGUGGGCUCAGACUGCAUGUUUGCAUUGAAGGUUAUGGACAUUGAUUUCCUCAUAAGCAGAAAGAAAAUGCUCAGAGCACAAACUGAGAGGGAGAUACUGCAAAUGCUCGACCACCCAUUCCUUCCAACUCUGUAUUCUCAUUUCACGACGGACAACCUUUCUUGUCUGGUAAUGGAGUUUUGCCCUGGUGGUGACCUACAUGUUCUUAGGCAGAAACAACCUACCAAAACCUUCUCGGAAGCAGCUGCAAGGUUUUAUGUUGCUGAAGUCCUCUUAGCCUUGGAGUAUCUCCAUAUGUUGGGGGUCAUAUACCGUGAUCUGAAGCCAGAGAACAUACUUGUUCGUGAAGACGGGCACAUCAUGCUCUCAGACUUUGAUCUGUCUCUGAGGUGCUCAGUGAGCCCAAUGCUUGUGAGAACAUCAUCAGUAGGCAGAGAUGAGCCCAGUAGGCCUUCUGGUCCCUGUGCACAAAGCUGCAUUGAUCCCCUGUGUAUCCAGCCGUCCUGGAGCAAUUCGUCCUGCUUCACGCCCCGACUGGUUGCGUCUACACCAUCAAGGACACGGAGGCCUAGAGCUGAGCCCCUGAAGAAACCAUCACUUCCACAGCUUGUUGUUGAGCCCACGGAAGCAAGAUCGAAUUCGUUUGUUGGGACCCAUGAAUAUCUUGCCCCAGAGAUCAUUCGAGGAGAUGGCCAUGGUAGCUCGGUUGAUUGGUGGACUCUUGGAAUCUUCCUUUAUGAAUUACUCUACGGCAAGACACCAUUCAAGGGGCCUGGCAAUGAGGAAACACUCUCGAAUGUGAUCUCACAGGGCUUGAAGUUCCCUGACAACCCAGCUGUAAGCUUCCACGCACGAGAUCUGAUCAGAGGGCUGCUUGUGAAAGAGCCGGAGUACCGGCUCGGCUCGUCGAGGGGAGCCGCUGAAAUUAAGCGGCAUCCCUUCUUCGAAGGCCUGAACUGGGCCUUGAUCCGGUGGACUGCGCCACCAGAGACCCCGAGAAACAAUGAUACUGCAGCAACACUCGCGACGACACGCAAGAAAAAGGAAGGCAAAUGUCUGGAAUUCCGGCUGAAUGGCGACGACAUCGAGUUCGAGCUCUUUUAG